UCGUCUCUUUAGUUUUAAACUUUGAUAACCUCGGUGGUGACGAGUUACAGUAUCUCUGCGAAAAAUUAUAAAUAUUUCUAUUAAAAAAAUUAGUUAGGAGGACAUAAACUCAACGCAUACGUAACAGAUUCAGUCCGAAUACAUAGUACAAUUUUAGAAGUAGAUCAAGUUCAAGGACUGGCAAUGUCUGGCAGUGUAUUGUCGAGCAUCUCCGAUACCAUAGGUGUCUCGGAGGCAGCAUUCCAACUUCUUAUCUCCAUUUUACUUGGAUUUCCCAUCGCCCUUCUCCACAGGUACAAACUCUACGGAAAGAGUCCAGUUUCUCAACAUUUAUUUUUCACGAGUUGCGGCCUUUUAAUUUGCUACUGGAAUUACGGGUUGAACACUGUCCAUUCAGGAACUGCGAUAUGUGUCACUUAUCUUAUUUUGAAGUAUCUCGGUGGCACUACUUUGUCAGUGAUCGCCACUUUCAUCUUCAACAUGGUUUACCUGCUGAUUGGAUAUUACAUGACAGGUACGGAUGAUUACGACAUAAAAUGGACUAUGCCACAGUGUGUGCUAACGCUGCGGUUAAUUGGUCUCGCGUUCAAUGUACUGGAUGGCCGACAACCCGAUAAGAAAUUGUCCGAGUCGCAGAGGAAAGCGGCGUUAAAAGAGCGACCAACAUUUUUAGAAGUUACAGCGUUUGUGUACUUUCCAGGCUCUUUCCUUGUCGGGCCACAAUUUAGUAUGAAAAGGUACUUGGACUACGUAAAUGGAACCUUGAUGGCUGACGGAAACAAAAUGUGUUCUCAGAAAGAAUUGCCACCUUGUCUUGUUCCUGGGAUUUCUCGUAUGCUUAUCGGAUUUGUGUACGUGUCGCUCUACCAAUUAGGGACAAUGUACAUUUCGGAUCAGUACAUGCUAAGUUUGGAAUACCAGAAACAGUCCUUCUUUAAACGUCUUCUUAUAAUGGGUUUCUGGGGCCAUGUGAAUAUGUACAAAUACAUUUGUUGCUGGCUAUUUUCUGAAGGGGUCUGCACAACAUUUGGUUUGACAUACACUGGAAGAAAUGAGAAAGGCGAGCUCCUUUGGGAUGGUUGUGAAAAUGUUAAAUUGUUCACCUUUGAAACGGCGAAUCGAUUUAAUCAUUAUAUCAUGUCAUUUAACACAAAUACAAAUAAUUGGUGUGCAGAAUAUAUUUAUAAGAGAUUGAAAUUCAUGGGAUCGAAGUUCUAUAGCCAAUUUUUCACAUUAUUCUUCCUUGCAUUAUGGCAUGGAUUUCAUUCAGGAUACUAUGUAUGCUUUUUCCUUGAGUUCAUCAUUAUGUACGCUGAGAAAGACUUGACUUCAAUAUUCGAGAAGCAAGAGAAACUACAGAGUUUGCUGAAAGAUCAUCUCGAGCUUCGAAUUCUAUUCUCAAUAGUUACAUUCAUCUACACGUUUAUCUUCAUGGGCUACAGCGUCGUCUGUUUCCAUCUUUUAUCAUUUUCUCGUUACAAUCAAGUUUAUUCUUCCAUUUAUUACUGUGGUCACAUAAUCUACCUGUCUUAUCCGCUACUUUCUAUACCACUUAAGAAGGCUCUCCUUAAGAAACAUCCGAGGAAUAUAGAAUGAGAAAAAUAAACUUUUCUUACCAUAGAGAAAUUUUUAAGGAAACUAUAUGUGAUAUAUUUUUUGGUGCUUAAAGAAAUCUUGUUGCAGAGAUAAAAAAAAAGCAAAUUUUUUAUGUGCAAAGAAUUUUUAUACACUGUGUUUUUAUGCAGGACAAAUAUGUAUUCAGAUAUUUUGAGAAUUUAUACAAGCAAGUAUUUAACUGAUUUUAACGAAACUUUAUACGGAGUUCAUUUCAAAAAGAUUUUACACAUGUAUUUUCUUUUACAGGUCAUAUUAAUGUUAAGGUCAUUACUGUUGGUAAAACCACACUCCAAAGUGUGGCACAGUGUAACUGUGUAUGGUUGCAUUACGUGAAAAGUAUAUAACACUUUAUAUAUGUACAAAAAAGAUGCUUAUUUAAUAUUGUUAAACUUGUUAUAUUACAUUUCAGAAGAACAUUAUUUUUUUGCUCUAGAAAUAUUCAUUGAGAAAAUAGGGGGUGAAGUUUUUAAAAGGACACAUUCAUUCAAAUGUAUAAUUUUGCUCACAUUAGAGCCUUGUUUUAUUAGGAACUAAAGAUAAUUGAAUGUGUUUGAUUAAAAGGUUUACCCUGUAUAUACAACUCUGGCGUUAUUCUGUACUUUAUCUAAUUUAACUUGGGAUUAAAUAAGAUUUUAUGUAGUAGUUUCCAGUGAUUAUCUGUGGAGUAUUUAAGCUUUUGUCUUAUAAAGUGCAAAAUUCGUGGUGAAUAUUCCAAAAGGAAUUUAAGAAAUAUGAAUGUCAUUCAAUUGUUUAGAAUUUAAAUGGAACACUAUUUUUCUGAUGCCAAUAUAUUUCUCUUUCCUCUAACGAACAAUUACGGAUGAAGCAACUCGAAUGAACUCAGUUGCAGAAGAAAUCAUAAGGCAAGGGUUUAAGAAUGUCAUUGAUGCUUACUUGAUCAAUGUAAUAGCACACAAACACAAUUUUAAUUAGGUAUUAUUUUAACUCUAUGUAUGUCUUGCCUGCGUGUUUAGUUAGCUUUAAUCAGAUGUGUAUUAUUUAUUUUAUUGUAGCAAUUAUUUUUCGGCUCAUGUUCUUUCUGUAGAAUUCAAAUUUAAGGAUUCAAGCACUCCUUUAAUGCAUUGCAUUAACAUCAAGUAUUUUCACUUUGUGUAGUUUGAGAUGGAAUUGCUUAAAGGAGUAUUUGCAUCUGUGAUGAUAUAUCUUGCUAUUUGGUGUAGUGUUUCACUCGUAAGGGAUAUUUGUGAUAUAAUAGUAAGUGUUGCUUUAAAUUAAUGGAUGGAUAAAUCAUAACUGAUAAUUGACUCUUAUGGUCGUCAAUAAAGCAUGUUUAUCACUUACUGCAUACGUUCAAAUAUUUUGGCUAUGAAUAUAUAUGUCUGAAGCAGAAUUUUUAUGAAACUCUGUAAACAGUGGACGACUGACAAUACAUUUUACUACAUGCUAUACCAAUAAAUCAUACAUUAGCGAGUAUGACUGAUAAACAUGCUUAGUUACGUACAAAGUAAUUUACUUGUUUAGAUUUUAUGUAAUGCCAAUAAUCACUCUUAAUACUGAAUAUCAUAUAUCGAACGUUAUCGCCAUUGAAUUUAAUACGUUGAGUGUCCCGUCGGCCACAUAUGAUUGACACUAAUCUUUCGACUAGUUUUCGAAAUCCAUUUUUAUCGUAACAUAUAUAAACAAAUUGAAUUUUACUAGGAUAUUUGUUAUAAUAAAUUUUAACUUUCUAAUUUCGAAUUCAUUAAUUAAAAUACUUAAUUUUGUAGGAAAUUUAGAGAUUGAUCAUCGGCACUCAAUGCGUUAAAGAAACUUUCAAUGUGACUGAUUAAAAAGAGAAAUAUUAUUUUUAAUAUUUAUAGAACUGUGUUAAGAAAAUUUCAUUAUUAAUAGUAGGCGUUGUGGAAAAAAUUUGGUGAGGAAAUAUGCAUGAAGAAAAGUGUACUCAGGAUUAUUUUUAGACAUAGUUCCGGAAAAAUACAUACUUUUCUAAAUAUUUUUGAUAAAUACAUAUAAAAAGUUAGACGAUCAGACAGAAAGUGUUUAGAAGAAUGCAAUGGUAACUACAAACAAUAAUUUAAACAGUUGAAUGGAGAUACUGUAAUGGAGAUACACUAUCCACAUUUCAACUUUAAAAUAAUAUAUUUUCAAUAAUAAUAACGUAUAAAUUACCGCAUCAAGAGUGAUCCUCUAUUGUAUUGGCAUUUAAAAAAUGUAAUAUACUUUCUUACCGAGGAAGAUAUUUGAAAACACUUUCGUAAUAUCUGUUUAACGUUUAACCAAAAUAUUCAAAGUCCUUAUUACAAAAUUGUGCUAUUAACUUCAGUAAAGAAUUACUAAUGUUUAUGUAAGCGAAACUUUUAAACGUAAGCUUAAAUGUGUUAUAAUUAUUUCCAGACGAAUUUAUUUUUGAAGAAACUGUAUCAUCCCCUCAGGUGUUUAUCCCGGGUUCCUAUAUCUUUGUUUUUAAUAAAAUUGUUUCAACAUAAACUAAA